UCGGUGAAUUCAAAAACAAAAAACGAAUUUACUACAAAUAUAAAUAUUACGGGACUUCUCUUCGAGAAUGAUAUUGCAUUAACUUUAUCCCAAGUAAACGCAGUAAAUAUGGCGCAAAAAUCACGUGAAAAAAGAAAAAUAAUAUCUGAUUGCACGUAUUACUGGUGCAAUCAAACUAUUGCAUAUCGUUUCGGAAGAAAUUGGCAAAAUCGUAUUCGUAAAACACUUGAUUACUGGCAAAAAGAAACGUGUCUACGCUUCAAAGAAAACAAGUCAACUACUGAUUACUUAUUUUUUAUAGUUGGAAGUGGAUGCUAUUCACAUGUUGGAAAAUUGGGAGGUAGUCAGACAAUUUCCAUCGGUGACGGAUGUGAGACUCUAGGGAUUAUAUCGCACGAACUUGGUCAUGCUUUGGGAUUUUGGCAUGAGCAAGAACGACCAGAUCGUGACAAAUAUGUUCGGAUUAAUUUAAAUAACGCAAUCGGUGGAACAGAAGGUAAUUUUGAAAAACGUAAGCCAUCACAAUUGAUUGAUUUUGGUCUUCCGUAUGAUCUCGGAUCAAUUAUGCAUUAUUCUAUCAAUAGCUUUGCAAGACGAUUUUUGGAUUUCACAGUUGAUCCUCUAGACGUAAAGUACCGUUCAACAAUUGGUAAUCGUGUGGCACCAUCUUUUACCGAUUUUAAGCAAAUUAACUUACUUUAUUGCUAUGAUAGAUGCCGAACCGCAAAUCUUCGUUGUGAACAUGGUGGUUAUCCAAAUCCUAAUAACUGCCAAAUAUGCAAAUGUCCUGAAGGUUUUGGAGGUCAAAAGUGCAAUCGAUUGCAGUAUUCUCCAUGUGGGUAUGAACUGCAAACUAACAAUGAAUGGCAAACUUUGAAUUAUAGCGGAUCCUUCUCAAAGUGCUACUGGCGAAUAUCAUCGGCAAAAGGACGAAUACGUUUUGAGCUUACGGAAGCAUACUACAAAUGUGACCCGGCAUGUGAGGAGUACGUGGAGGUGAAACACAAACUUGAUAUGCAGAUUUCGGGAUUUCGUUCUUGUUGUUUACCAAUGAAAGGUCAAAGUGUUUCCGAAGGCAAUAUGUUAAUCAUAAUCUCAAGUGCUUCUAGACUGUCACACUUCUCAUUGCGAUUCAUAAAUGGUUUGUUUAUUUUAUAUAUUCGAUUUCUUUUUUAUCUAUUUUGUCUUCGUUUUGCUCUAAAA